AUGUUUAAGGCUCUGGGCGGGUAUCAGCUUGGGGCAAUUGUUGCGAUUUCCGAAUCGGGUAAAGCGCGGCGAAAGAAUCGCGACUUCGCAACACCCUCCGCCUUCUCCUCUCCACCCUCCCCCCAUCCUCCCAUUGCGUUUUUGUUGGCAAUGAAUGCUCCAAUGCAGCCAAAUUACGCGCGGGGCUUCCCCGCGACUGCCCAGCGGUCCCCAGCCACGCCCCGUCGCCCCCCCGGUCCAGGCGCGAUGCCAGUUCCCAUGCCCCAACACGCGGUCAAUCCGCAAUAUCUGUCCGCACAGCGUGCGAUGGCUCAUACCAAUGAAGCUGCCCUCCGCCGCAGCCGUAAGCCGACCGACAAGAACAUCCCCGACGGGAUCGAAGACUUGAUCGUCGGCGAGGGCGUCCAGCAAUACAAAAGUCUUCGCGACUUGGAAAAGCGCCUGGAUGCUGCAGUUGUGCGAAAGCGGUUAGACAUCCAGGAUUCGAUCAGCAAAUCUGUCAAAAAGUACCGGACUAUGCGUAUCUGGAUCUCCAAUACCGUUGAGGAUCAGCCGUGGCAAGGCGCCGGUAGCAACCCGGGCUCCGGCCGAUACAAGAUGCGCAUUGAGGGACGUUUACUCGACGAUGAUACGGACCCGACGGUUCCUGAUAGUGAUGAGGAAGGCGGCGAGGGCGAGGCGGCCGAUGAAGAUGCGAUGGACCAUGACGCCGCUGAAGGAGACAAGGCGAAGAAGUCAUCGUCUAAGAAGGAACACCAGCGCUUCUCGCAAUUCUUCAAGACUAUUACGGUCGAUUUCGAUAAGCCACCCACGGCCAACCCCGAGGAGGUCAAGCCUGUCAACUGGACCAAACCACAGCUGCCACCCAACACGACCUCAGCACCUCCCAGUGCUGAGUUUGACAGCUUGCAGUUUUCGCGCGCCUCGCAGGAAAAUUUGAAUGUCACCCUCAGUCUUGUUCGUGAUGAAACGCCUGAGCGAUACAAGCUGAGCAAGGAGCUGGCUGAAGUAUUGGAUGUCGAAGAAGAGACUCGCAGUGGGAUCGUGCUUGGAAUCUGGGACUACAUUCGCGCCAUGGAGCUCCAGGAAGACGAGGAGAAGCGGCAAGUGCGCUGCGACCACCGGCUCCGCUCGAUCUUUGGCCGAGAGCAGAUGUUCUUCCCCCAGAUCCCCGAAAGCAUCGGCCACCACACCAGCCCCAUGGACCCGAUCAAGCUCCCCUACACCAUUCGCGUCGACGAAGAGUUCCACAAAAACGCCACGCCGACCAUCUACGACAUCCGCGUCGCGGUCGAAGACCCCCUGCGCACCAAGAUGAUGGCUCUCACCCAAAACCCACAGUACGCGGCCAGCAUGCGCCAGAUCACCUCGCUGGAUGAGCAGAUCGCGCUCAUCAUCCAGGCCCUCACACACUCGCGUGCACGCCACUCCUUCUACACGGCGCUGAGCAAGGACCCCGCGACCUUUGUCCGCCGCUGGAUCAACUCGCAGCGCCGCGACCUGGAGACCAUCCUCGGCGAAGCCACUCGCGGCGGCGGCGAGGAUGGCAGUGGGCCGGAAUUCCGCCGCGGCGGCACCGACGGCGCCUUUGACACCUCCGUUGCCAAAGAGGCAGUACGCUACAUGUUGGCGAAGCCCGAGGCCACGGCUAUGCGCUAG